AUGUCUCACAAUCCCCGAACCACUGGAGACGAUGAGUCUGACACCUACUCUGAGCUUAACCGAGCUGCGGUCCUCCUGAAGGAGGCCGAGGAUUUCGAGGCGCUCAAACUGCCUCCUGUGGCUACGAGAUCAGGAGCACCAGAGGAAGCUCUCUGGCGGGUCUUGGAAUUCCUGCGAGUUACAACUUUUGGGCUCAACCGGGAUCUCAGCCAUCCUGAUAGCACCGUCGUGCUCAGUGGGAAAACUCGUUCAGAUUACCCCGAGGGUGAACGACAGAAGGAACUUGUGUUCAAGGCAGGAAUGCUCCUGUGGACAUGCAGCAUGGUGAGGGACCUAAUAGUGGAGUUGAGCGAGAUUUACGUCCCAGGGAAGGAUUUGUCAAGCAUCGGGGAGAUUAUUGCGUUGCUCAAGAAACAUAUUCCGGUGCUUGAGAAGGACGCGAAGCGUUUCUAG